ACGCGCACACGCACCGCGGGAGGGCUGAGGCGAGCCGGCUGACAGAUUAUCUGGAAGGAUUUUGCUUCUUAUGAAAAAUGUCUAGAACAUCAAGAGCAGCUAUGCAUUAGAGAAAAGAAACCUCCUGCUAUAUAAAAUAAAUUACAGUUUGAAGGAUGAAUAGUGAAGAGGAAUUUUAUGAUGCCGUAACAGGCUUUGAUUCUGAUAAUUCUUCAGGGGAAUUUUCAGAAGCAGUUCACAAAGUUGAUGUUGAUGCCCACCAUAGUCACACGACAGGAAGACAUGAAGGAGAUGGGCCAGUGCAACAGAAUGGAAUCAAGAAACACAGAACGUCAUUACCUGCCCCAAUGUUUAGUAGAAGUGAUUUCAGUGUCUGGAGUAUCUUAAAAAAAUGUAUUGGACUGGAGCUGUCAAAGAUUACUAUGCCCAUUGCCUUCAAUGAACCCCUGAGCUUCCUUCAGCGGAUAACAGAAUAUAUGGAACACACAUACCUCAUUAAUAAAGCAUGCUGUCAUUCAGAUCCUUUAGAAAGAAUGCAGGCUGUUGCUGCUUUUGCCGUUUCUGCUGUAGCCUCUCAAUGGGAGAGAACUGGCAAACCAUUUAACCCUCUCCUUGGAGAAACAUAUGAAUUAAUCAGGGAGGAUUUAGGUUUUAGGUUUAUUUCUGAACAGGUCAGUCACCAUCCACCUGUCAGUGCAUUUUAUUCAGAAGGCUUAAACCAGGAUUUUAUUUUUCACGGAUCAAUUUAUCCUAAACUGAAGUUCUGGGGGAAGAGUGUGGAAGCAGAGCCUCGGGGAACAAUAACGUUGGAACUAUUAAAGCAUAAUGAAGCUUACACAUGGACUAAUCCUACUUGCUGUGUACAUAAUAUAAUUAUUGGAAAACUAUGGAUAGAACAAUACGGAACAGUAGAAAUUAUAAACCACAGUACUGGAGAUAAAUGUAUCCUUAAUUUUAAACCAUGUGGGCUUUUUGGUAAAGAGCUUCACAGAAUAGAAGGCUACAUUCAGGACAAAAAUAAGAAGAAACUUGCCGUGAUCUAUGGCAAAUGGACAGAAUGUCUGUGGUGCAUUGAUCCCUCCACUUAUGAAAAUUACAAGAAGAAUGAGCGGAGAGGCGGUGACCAGAAGAAACCAAAGCCGAAUGAUGAUGCUGAAAAUGAUGAAGCUGAUGAUAUGCCAGAGAUUCAAGAGACAGUGCAAGUCGUACCUGGCAGUAAGCUACUGUGGAGGAUAAGUGCCAGACCACCAAAUUCAUCUCAGAUGUACAAUUUCACUAGUUUUGCUGUUACUCUCAACGAACUAGAAAAGGGCAUGGAAGAAGGGUUGGCUCCCACGGACUGUCGGCUGCGACCAGACAUCCGACACAUGGAAAAUGGGGAGAUAGAUCUGGCUAGCAAAGAAAAAGAAAGACUAGAAGAGAAGCAGAGAGCUGCCCGUAAGGAACGAGCAAAAGAUGAAACUGAAUGGAAGACAAGAUGGUUUUAUCAGGGCACUAAUCCAUAUACUGGGACUGCUGACUGGUUGUAUUCUGGAGGAUACUUUGAUAGAAACUUCUUUGACUGUCCAGAUAUAUACUGAAAUCUUGAACCCAGCUGCGUCUUCAUCCAGGAUCCAGCGAUACUCGGCCGUUAUCAUGACUUGAGAGCACCCCUUUCUUAAGAAAUGUUUCAGUGAAAAUUGUCAGCCACUGAUUAAGGAUUUGCCAUUUAAUUUUGAUUGCCAAAAUAUUUAAGUGCUGCUGUUUGUUUACCUGAAGGAAGAAAUGGAGAGUAUCAUGUUUCAGAGGAAAAGCAGCUUGCAUGAUUCUAUUUGCUGCCCCUGUUUGUCAUUCUACAUUUUAUCUUUGGGCCAGAAUUAACAUGCUGUGGCCAGUGGGGAGGCAGAUCCUUUAUAAAAUGUGAGAUAAGAACCAAAUCAUUUCUUAUAUUUCAGUGGUAAAGGAUACAAUUUAUGUAUUCUGCGCUUGGAAUAAGAAUGAUGGAUCGGUACGACAGAAGCUGGUAGCUAUUGGAGAGGUAUCUAAUGAGAGGCGUAGUGACAGGCAUUCUUGUGAGCCUUCUAAAUAGUCUAUAAUUUUAAAAGAUUCACAACUGUAGCAGGUAGCAUUCGGCUUAACUUUCAAAAGCUUUUACUGUAUUUUGGUUCAAUCUUUGGCCACUGUGAUUAUCAGUUAAAUGAAGUACUUGUGAUACUUUUAAAAAACAGUUAUGUUGAGUGUUGGGCAUAGCUUCCAGAUGUUGAUAACUAAACCCCAUCUGUAUGAAGUUUUCAGAAUGUUUUGUUUUUUACACAGAGGAGGCUUUGGAGAUACUAGUAGCAUCCUGGGUUUUGUGAGUGUAUCAUGUUAGACACCAUGCAUUUUUUAUUAUGGUCAGACACAUCUUUGUCUCUAGUACUGCUUUUGGCAGGCUGACUUUAUUAAGGAUUUCCAGGCUUAUUCACAAACAUGCACACUCUUCUUUUUUUAGAUUUAAUAUAUCUGCAAAAGGUUUAUGUUUAUUUUAGAUUUUUUAUUGCAUGUUCUGAAGCAUUCACCGCAUCACAAUUGACAGUACAUCCUUAAAAAGCAGUUUUCCCCAGUACCCUUUUGUUAAAGCUGAGCAAUAUAAUGGAAAUGUUCAUUGAAUUUCUAGCAGCUAUAUUUUUCUUCAGAGUUGAUUUGUUUUGUUUUUUAAUUUAAAAAUGUGAAAGCUCUAUGCUCCUUGAGUUGAAAGUGUUUUCCUUUUUUAUUUCACAUUUCUAGAAGAAAAGUGAAUAUUACUUACAUACAAUAUGUAUGGGCUUUAAAACGUUGGGCUGGUAAUAUUGACUUUUUUUAAAAAAAUGUUUCCAGAAAUGAUUACAUUUGUAUUUUAGUUUACCAAAUCUACUCUGCCUCUAAAUUUAUAGUGAUUCGAAGAGGACACUUAAGUAGUUGUGUAUUUGAUUAUAAUCUCUUUAUUGUGCGGAGUUAUACCAGUGUGAGCAUUCUUCAUUUAUUGCAUUAUAUUUAAAGGAGGAGUAGGGAGAACAUACUGUUAGACUUAGAUUUGCAUCACCCCUCACUGUUAGCCUUGAAGGCUAGGGCUGAUGGAAGUUGGAGUCCAACAGAAGUUUGUCACCAUGUUUUAAAGUACUCAGUUUCUUUGAUAUUCACAUUGCUUUUGAAGUUUUUUAUUUGCAGACAUUAAUCUGAGGCUUGGAUGCCUAAAAUCUCUCUAAAGAGGAAAAGCAUCAUAGAUGUGAAUUUCAAAAAAUAACUGUUCGCUUAUAUAGGGAUUUAAGAAGAGCAUCUGCGAGGCAGAAAAAUUGAACUAGCAUAUUUAAUCACAUUUCAUUAAGCUGUCCAACACAGAGGUUACCCUGAAAACAUUCAAGGCAAUAAAGUACAUUACUACUUCUGACUAGUUUACCUUGUUUUUAGCACUUAACUUCAUGUUUUUUUUUGGGUAUAAUCUGCCAAUUAUGACAAACGUCUUCGUUUAUUUUAAUGGAUUUUCAGAGCGCCUGGCGAAUGGCUUCUCUUCAGGCCAGCUGAUCGUAUAGCUGCUCACUGUUUUGUAUCUAAUGCCUGAAAUUCUGUUUGUAGAGCUACACUGGGGGAAGUUGAUGAUGUCAUUAGCUGUGGUGAUUUUUCAGAAAUAAUUUUUUUUUAUCCCACUGCCUGAAAGUUCCAUCGGAUCACUUCUGUUGUGGGAAAGCUAUUAGGAACUGCGAGAAGGGGAGGCACUUUUAGUUUCUCAAAAUCAACACUGUCAGUAAAAUCCUUCCAUCUGCAGCAUGCAGCUUAAGUUAUGGAACAGAAUUUAAAUAUUAGACUCUUUCCUCUUGUAGCAUAUCAAUAUCCAGAUUCCUAAUAUUGUCAGCCAGUGUGUAUGAAGAAUUAAUAUAUUUUUCAUAUAUUAAAAUAUGUUUUAUCAAGCACUUAAUUUGCUUCACAGAGCAGUACAUUUUAUGUUCUGUCUCUCUUUUCCCUGUUCAAGAGUUUGUGGGCAGUCGGUGGCCCGCAAUGAAUUGGGCUCCACCUUCUGCAUCAGUAAAAAGACUUCUAGAUCCAUCCUGUCCCAAGUGUUAUGUUGUUAUACCUGCAGGUCUCAGAAUCAAAAUAUCGAUGAUUAAAGAUAAGCCCUAACUUGUGUAGAAUAGACUUCAAAUCCCAACUACAGAAACCUGUGUGUAGAGACUUGUUUGUGUCUUGACAUUUACUUCACCUGUCAGAUGGAGGCACCUAUAUCCCUCUGUCAGUAGGCGCAUGGUACAGCAAGAUUCUGAGCCAAAAUCUGUAUUGAAAAUCUCACUUAUCCUCUUUGGCUAUACAACUAAAUGGAGACAUUUUCCACGAAUACUUAGAAUGAAUUGAAGAUUUUGAAUUUCAGAAUAAGCAUAGUUGGCCUGACCAUUAAAAAAAAAGUUUACAGGGAUAUCUCAUCCUAAUUGCACCAUGAGAUCAAAAUGGCAUCUACUACUCUCUGAAGUGUUACAUUAUUUAAAGUCUGUGCUUUACUUUUAUUUAUGGUGUAUUUAGUUUGGUUUCAAAGGAAUAUUGAUUGUUUUCCAUCAUGUUUUUUCUGUGUGGUCUGUCCACGUUCCGUCAGUCAUGCCUACACGUUCAGUUAUCCCUCUUUCCCAGACAUGUACCUUGUUAAUGUCUUGGUUGCCAGAUGAUUCUUGUAUAAGUCUGUUGAAAACAUGACAUGCAGUAAAGCCACUGGAGUUGUCACCAAGCCUGAGGGAAAUUGUGGGAGGUGUAGUUUAGGUACUGCUGCUCUGUAAAUGAUGAACUGUCCUAAAAAUAUUAUUUAAAAAGUACAACUUACUCUCCCAUAUUUAGAUCUUUAAUUUCUAAUCAGUCUCACUGAUACAUCCGAAUAGAAUAAUGUCGAAAUGUACACUAAUAAUCACUGAAGCCCUUAAAACCUUUUAUUUACAAUGCUUUUUUAAUUUGAAACAUUUUUACCAGUUUGGUUUAUAUUAUGCCUCCACUUGUUAUUCAUGCUACCUUCAUAAUUAAAACACUGCCUUACAAAGUUGAUAAUUUAACACCUCCCUGUGGGGGGGGGGAAAGCACUUUUAAAAUUAAUCAUGUUACAUAUAAAGGUAACUUAACUGAAUAUAUUUUUAAAACAUGGAGAAUAGUUACUUGUUUUCUUGGCUGUUUAUGUUCGUUUCUGCCUACUUUGAUUGGUUGAUUUCAGUUAAGACUUGCACACACGAGUCCCAAGCGAGGGGGGUUGCUGGGUAAGUACUCAAAGAUUGUCAUCUGCAUAUGGUAGUCUGUUGAAAAGUAGGUAUCCCCCAUCCUGCUUUAGUGUUGGGGAGAAUUGCACACAUAUGUUCCUGCUACCUGUGAGGAGCUGAUUGUGACAUUGAAAUAAACAUGGGAGCUGUCUUGUAGCCAUAAGUGUUGAUGUGAACAUAAGGCCGAGCUUUGGUUGGGGGUGUUGGUGUUUUCUGUGCCAGUGGGUAACAGCCUUCAGGACAGAUGAAACAUUAUCUCUAAGCAGUGGCUAGAAGUAGGCCAGACAAGCAACACUAGAGUAGACCAGAUCUGACUUAGCAUGAUUGCAACAAGCAAUUAACCUGCAAUAAAUCCAGCAGUGAAUUCUGUAAAAAUGUAAUGUGUACAUACAACUUUGAUAAUCUUCACUCAAUCACUUUUUUUCUUUUUCAACAUGCAAUAGAACUGACUACUGUGUCGAUCUUUUAUUGAUUCUGCCAGUGUGGCGGAUUUACGGAACACUACUGUUACACAGAAUCCUCUGGCAGGAUGACAGCAUCUGUUUAAACAAGAGAAAAAGUGAAAUGUUAAUUACAGUAUUUGCUUUAUCUUUAUUGCUCCUGAAAAUUAAAUGGAAAACCAUGAAAAGUGCAUCUUCCUGUUGAACUGAGUUGGGCAAAACUUUACUUGCUGCAAUUUAUGUAAAUACAAUUUGGGUUGUCAUGCACCUUGCCUGCAAUUUGGAAUGGGUUAUUCAGCACAGAGCAGUCUUGACUUGCAGUGUAUUUGCUGAUCUUUUGUUCAGAGACUAGAAUGCAAAUUUUGGUUAAGUUAAAAUCUCCCCAUAAUUACAACCUAGAUAUACUUUAAAUUUGGUAAUUAUAAAUUAAUGAAUAAAAUAUAUGAUACUGCAGACAUUUUUCAUUAGAUUUCCAGUAUAUAUAUUUUGCUUCCCAAAAUUCAUUCACAGUUUUAGAAAGGGUGGUCACAUCAUUAACUGUAACAUUCAGGUGGCUUGUGGUUUUGACUUUUUUAUUUUGUAGUGUUAUAAUCAUCCAAACAGUCCAGGUGCCUGGUGUGAUCUUUAAUCUUGUUCACUGUACUCUGUAAUUUAAUGUUGCAAAUAAAACAAUGUUCCUGAUUAUGUAGUGUUUUAAUUCUUAUGUUAAUUUGAUAAUGUACUGUAAUAUUGCCUCUCAAAAUUAAGUAUGUGGUUUGGGGUUAACUGUAAAAUAAAGCAAUAUUUAAAUUUA